AAUUCAAACAUCAAUAUGUUAUUGUUUGAAAACUGUUGUGUUUUUUAAACGUUACAAUCAAAUGUAACAAGGUUUCAUAAAAUAAUAAGAGAUAAAUUGAUACGAUCUAUUGAAAAACAAUGUGACAACAACAAAGAACCGCAUUAAUUAAUAGAACAAAAAUACUCAAGAUGUGUUAUCUCUUUACGUUUAUUGACGGUCAAGGACUGCAAACAGAAUACUAACAAUUUAUCGUGUCAUUUGCUAUCUAAAAUCGCCAGUCGUUUUAACAUGAAUCAAAAUUUGUUGUACUGUUUAUUGCUCACGAUAUUCACCGGUAACAUAGUAGCAGCAAACAACCCCCAAACUGUCGAAGUACCUAGAAAUGCCCGCUAUCAACCCACAUGGGACAGUUUGGACACCCGCCCUAUCCCAUCAUGGUUCGACGAAGUCAAAAUCGGAAUUUUUCUUCACUGGGGAGUCUUCUCCGUUCCGAGUUUUGGGGGAGAAUGGUUUUGGGCAGAUUGGAAAAGUGAAGACUCAGGAGAGUAUGUAGACUUCAUUGAAAAAAAUUAUCCCCCCGGUUGGUCGUACCAAGAUUUUGCGAAGGAUUUCACAGCGGAAUUUUUCGACCCAGAUGAGUGGGCGGAACUGUUCAAAAAAGCUGGAGCCAAAUACGUGGUUCUCACUAGUAAACACCACGAAGGCUACGCCUUGUGGCCCUCGAAAUACUCUUUCAGCUGGAAUGCCCAAGACAUCGGACCUCAUCGCGAUUUAAUCGGUGAUUUAGCAAAAGGAGUACGAAAUAAAGGUUUAAGAUUUGGCCUAUACCACUCGCUUUACGAAUGGUUUAAUCCUCUAUACCUUUCUGAUAAGAACAAUUCGUUCCAAACUCAAGAAUUUGUCAACAAUAAAAUGUUGCCGGAGAUGUAUGAACUUGUCAACAAUUAUGAGCCUUCAGUACUUUGGUCUGAUGGUGAUUGGGAGGCAAAUGAUACCUAUUUCAGAUCCACCGAGUUUUUAGCUUGGCUUUACAACGAGAGUCCAAUCAGAAAUGAAAUUCUCGUUAAUGAUAGAUGGGGAAUAGGGAUUCCGUGCAAACACGGCGAUUUUUAUUCCUGCAAAGAUAGGUAUAAUCCGGGAGUCUUGCAGUCUCACAAAUGGGAAAAUGCAAUGACGCUUGACAAAGAAUCAUGGGGGUACAGAAGAAAUGCUAACAUAACGUCAUAUCUUACAACACAUGAAUUGAUUCAAACUUUGGCCGAAACAAUUAGUUGCGGAGGAAAUCUUCUAAUAAAUGUUGGGCCAACAAAAGAAGGCACUAUUAUACCAAUAUUUCAACAACGAUUGACAGAUUUGGGAAACUGGCUUUCUAUAAAUGGUGAAGCUGUCUACAGUAGCAAACCGUGGACGGUGCAAAAUGAUACUCUAACACCGGGAGUUUGGUAUACGACCAAUAGAUUGUUAGAUACUGUGUACGCAAUUGUUUUACAAUGGCCAGACAAAAAUGUUCUUGAGUUGGAAUCAGUACAUGAGCUUUUUUCCGAUUCUAAACAAGUCGUUACCAUGCUGGACAGCAAAUCGGAAUUAAAGUGGAAUAUCGACGCAAAAACUGUGAGCAUCCAGUUUCCAGAUAAAGCGACGGUGACCAAUCAGUGGGCUUGGGUCUUGAAAAUCGUCAAAGUGUAACAAAAAUUUGAAAAAGUACUUUCCUGUUUAGAAUAAAGAAUGAACGUUUUUUAGCA